UCAAGAUCCGUAUUCUGCACGUUCGUUGUGUUCCAGUCAUAAGUCCACCUCGUCACUCCGCUCGUCGUCCCGUAAGAGGGGAGCUUCGAAUUUCGCGCGCAAGAUUCGAACAAUUUACAAAUUUCGAAACUUUAAAAUACCUUUCCCCGUACAUGGAGUUCGGUUUAAGAAAACCUGUGGAGGCGAACAUCACUAUGUCCACUCCUAAAUCCACAGCAACUCUCAUCUCAAAAUGCAUGGUUUUUCCGGCCCGAAAGUCGGACGUCGAAUCCCUGAAGCUCUCGACUUCAGACAUCUCACGGUUGGCGCUUGAGUACAUCCAAAUCGGGGUUCUGUUACCUCAUCCCCCGGGUCUCUCAUUCGAUCGUCUCCUCGCCUCCCUCAAGGAAUCCCUUUCCACUACCCUCGCGCACUUCUCUCCCCUGGCCGGUCGCCUAGCAACGACCCCCGAUGGUCGAAUCCACAUCGCUUGUAACGAUGCAGGGGUUGAAUUUCUGGCGAUGGACGACACUGAUCUCUCGGUGGACGACGUUUUGUGUCUGGGCGAUGUCCCAGACUGCGUCAAGGGCUUCUUCACUUACGACGAAUUCGUCAACUACGAGGGGCAUUCGAAGCCAUUAGCUGCGGUUCAGGUAACGGAGCUGACGGAUGGUGUCUUCAUCGGUUUCAGUAUAAACCACGCCGUGAUGGAUGGCACAUCGCUGUGGCAUUUCAUCAACACCUUCGCAGAGAUCACCAGGGGGGAACCGAUAUCCCACCUACCCGUCUUCUUCCGUGACACGCCCUUCGACUCCCGGGCCGCGCUCCCGCUCCCGCCGGGCGGACCGACCGGCAAGCACCCUUUCGGAGGCGACGCGUCGUUGAGGGAGCGAGUCUUCCAUUUCAGCGGGGACGCCAUCUCGAAACUCAAACAGAGGGCCAACGAGGAAUAUUCGGCGAUAUCGGGGGGCACAGAGGACCGUGGUGGGAUUUCGUCCUUCCAAGCGCUCUGCGCCCUGAUGUGGCGGUCCAUCACGCGAGCUAGGCAGCAGACAACGCUCUUCCGGUUUGAGGUGAAUUGCCGACACAGGCUGAACCCGAGACUGGACCCGUAUUACUUCGGCAACGUAAUCUUGGGAGCGGCGGUUUCCGCCUCCGCCGAUGAGCUUUUGACCCGGGACCUGGGUUGGGGCGCCGGGUUGAUCCACGAGACCGUGGCGACCUGGGACGAUUCCACGGUGCGCCGCGAGAUAGCCGCGUGGGAGCGGGAGCCCAGGAUGAGCUUGUACGGCAUCGCCGAGGGACCGACGAUCUCGAUAGGGAGCUCGCCGAGGUUCCCGAUCUACGAGGCGGAUUUCGGGUGGGGGCGCCCUCUGGCGGUCAGGAGCGGGCGCAACAAUAAGUUCGAUGGCAAGGUCAUGGUCAACCCCGCUCGGGAGGGCGACGGAGGUGUCGUCUUGGAGGUGACUCUGGCGUCUGAGACUAUGACGAGGCUCGAGGCGGAUGAUGAGUUCAUGCAGUACGUGUCCAUAGAGAAGAAAGAGGUUGUGGUCGAGUUUUGAGGACUUGUUUACCCCAUCUGCGGGCCGAUUAUUGAAAUUUAUAGACAAAGCUAUAAACAAAGAAGACAUAAGGAGUAUAGAGUGA